CUCCCACAGUCCCACGCGCGCGCGAGCCCCUCUGCCCAUCACCGCCCGCCCCUCUCCCCUCUGCAGUUCGCAGGAGAAAUUUGGCUGGAGGAACGAAGGCAGCGUACACGCCUCAGAAGCGGAUUCAGCCCUUUCAUCAAUUUGGAACCGCCGAUGUAGUGUUUAUCGAAGUUAGCUACUUUCAAGAGUACACCAACAUCUUUGGGGACUCCAUCAAAAGAAUCACUCAUGAGAGCUUAAUGGCGUCACGCUGAAAAGGCAUUGAGUUGCAUCCACAAUGUUGCAACUCGGAACACGUGCAUUGCCUGGAGCUGCAAUCUAUGGCACUUCAACUAGGAGAUUUGGAGGUUCACAAUUCAAGCAACUUAAAGUUAACCACAUCUCAUUUGAAGGGAAAGUGUUUGCUAAAGCAACAAUGAGAAGCGUGAGGUGUAAAGCUACUCAAACUCAAAGCGUCCAAAAGAAAUCUUCAAGUGCAACUGUUCAACGUGAUAAGAAAGGGAAAGUCCAAGGGCCAAAACUGGAUGACGGAAGCGGUGGGUUCCCUCCAUUCCGUUUCGGCAAAGGCGGGGGUGGUGGUGGAGGUGGCGGGGGUGGCAGCAACUACUUUGGCGGAUUCCUUCUCUUCUCUUGCGUGUUGCUCCUUGAUUACCUGAAGGAGUUCGAGAAGCACCUCCUUACUCGAAGGCACCGAGCUAGCGAUGAUGCUGGCCAUGGGCUGCUACAGCCAUGAUCGCUGUUUACCAGCCCCACUAGCUACUCGUUCUGACUUCUGAGGAAGAAGGGUCUGGCUGGCUUUUGAAAACAUAUCAUGUGACCGUCUUGGUAGUUUAUGUUCUUUUUCCUGAGGUCUGCUGAGAAAGUUCAUGUCAGAUUCGAGACUCGAAGGAUGCUGAAAGCUCCUGCAAGCAGGCUGCUGAGCUGGCCUGGAAAUAUGAACCCAGUGUAAUGUAGUGUGCCCGUUUCAGAUGGAUCCUGUGGCCGGUGGCGUGGAAUGCCUGCUGAUUGCGAUUUGAACCAGUUAACUAGGAAUUUCGUGGAGGUUUUUGUUCUCUAAUUGCUGGACAUGUAAAGUUUUGCGAUUGUUGAAAUGGAGACUGUAAGUGGACACGGGAAA